UUCAGCUGUCAGCUUCCUCUGCCUGUUCUCGCUAAUGGGCCAUUCCUUAAGUUUAUUCGAAAGUUUGCUUCUUAAUGCUUCAAUCAAUCUGCUCUGUUCUUCUUCAGUAGCCAGUGCUUGGGUUACUGUUUACCCUUCUUGUAUUGGGAAUCAGUUGGAUAGGUUCUCAUGGAUUACAAGCUCCAAUGGGCGUUAUAAUCUCUUCGCAUAUUGAUAUACGCUUAUACAUACGUGUUUGUUUUUGGGUUAUAAUCCUAUGUUCUCAUUUUCUGUUCAAUCGAAUUCUUUGUGCUGGUUCUUUAGCAUCUGAUGCCUUUCAUGUUGACUGUCACUGUUCUUUAAAAUUUUAAUAGAGAACUGUCAGUUUCGUUUGCUAUGGACACACCUCUCGGUGUAGACAUGGCGAUGGAAGACGAAUACGUUUCCCAGUCUAAGCUGCUUCAAGACUUCAUCAACAUCUGUGACAUUGAUAAGGCUUGGACAGUCAAGUCUGAGAAUGCAGGAUCACAGGGAAUGUUUCUGGUUAGCCAACCGAAUCUCCUCACGGACAAGAUGAGGAAGUUCAUUGUAUCUGCUCAUAUUUCAAAAGGGAAUACUGCUUCUGUGACCUUCCAUUGGUCCCUGUUUCCCGUAGAGAUGACUGGGGUUUCCACGAUCGUUCCUUCACCCUCGGGUUUGAAGCUUCUUGUGGUUCGAAAUCCUGAGAACAAUUCCCCCACGAAAUUGGAAAUCUGGGGGCAGGGUCAACUUGAGAAGGAGUUCCAAAUCCCCCAAUCUGUCCAUGGUUCUGUGUACACUGAUGGAUGGUUUGAGGGCAUCUCUUGGAACUCAGAAGAGACUAAUAUUGCCUAUGUAGCUGAAGUACCGGCUGCCAUGAAGCCCAUAUUCACUAGCUCCGGAUAUAGUAAAGGUGGGUCAAAUGAGAAGGACUGCAGCAGCUGGAAAGGUCAGGGGGAGUUUGAAGAUGAUUGGGGUGAAACCUAUGCGGGGAAAAGGAAACCUGGGAUCUUUGUGAUUAACCUUGAAAGUGGUGAGGUACGAGAUGUUAAAAGGAUUUCGAAAUCCUUAAGUGCUGGCCAAGUUGUGUGGGCCCCAAAAGCAGAAGGAGUUGAGUAUCUGGUUUAUGUUGGGUGGCCUGCCAAUAGAAGAAAGCUCGGUAUGAAGUACUACCAGGCUAGGCCUUGUUCACUAUACUCAGUCAAGUCCCCUUUCUCUUGUGAAACUAAUGAAGUCGAAUUCAAGGAUGAAGAUUUCCCCAUAUAUAACCUGACUUCAAGCAUAAGCAGUUCGUUCUAUCCUCGAUUUAGUCCCGAUGGGAAGUACCUUGUGUUCAUAUCUUGCAAGAGUGCUGCAGAUUCUGGGGUUCACUGGGCGACCAAUUCGCUCUAUAGAUUAGAUUGGCCCAGAGAUGUGAAAUUGAAGUCAUCUGCGACAAUUUUUUGUGUGAUUCCUGUUAUCAUGAACUCAGAGGAAGGAUCCUUUCCUGGGCUGUACUGCAUAGAUCUUCUUACUCAUCCAUGGCUUUCUGAUGGUCGGACUAUGAUCUUAAUGUCCACAUGGCACAGCGUUGAUGUGAUACUUGCAAUCAAUGUGCUAAGUGGGACUGUGUCCCGUGUCAGCCCGACCGACUCAAUCUCAUCGUGGAGUUUUCUUGCACUGGAUGGGGACAAUAUCCUUGCUGUGUCUAGCAGUCCAGUAGAUGUUCCCCAAAUCAAGUACGGGCAUCUUGUCCAGAAAUCAAUCGGAAGAGAUUCCUGGAAUUGGUUGGAUAUUCCGAGUCCGAUCUCCAAAUGCUCUGAAACGGUUGAGAAGUCACUUUCAACUCUUCAGUGCAGCAUCGUGAAGAUACCAGUUAAGGAUGUUUCUGAUUGUAAAACAAAAGGUUCCUCCCAACCUUACGAAGCUAUUUUUGUGUCUUCAAAGGCCUCCAAUCCUUUGAUAGUAAUCCUUCAUGGGGGUCCACAUUCCGUCUCUGUGACGAGCUUUACGAAGACGUCAGCUUUCCUUUCUUCACUUGGAUUUAACUUGCUGAUCGUAAACUACAGGGGUUCAUUAGGAUUUGGUGAGGAAGCAUUGCAAUCUCUUCCAGGGAAAGUCGGUUCUCAGGAUGUGAACGAUGUAAUCGUGGCCAUAGAUCAUGUGAUUGACUUGGGACUUGCCAGCCCGUCUAAGAUGGCUGUUAUUGGCAUUUCCCAUGGUGGAUUCUUAACCACCCAUCUGAUUGGCCAGGCCCCCGAUAGAUUUGCUGCUGCAGCAGCAAGGAAUCCAGUAUGUAACCUCGCACUAAUGAUCGGCACUACUGACAUCCCGGAUUGGUGCUAUGUGAUAUCAUAUGGCUCGGCAUGGAAGGAUAAUUACACUGAAGCCCCUUCUAUGGAGCACCUGUCUCUUUUCCACAGCAAGUCUCCGAUUUCUCACAUCUCCAAGGUCAAGACACCGACUCUCUUCCUCCUCGGAGCUCAGGAUCUUCGAGUUCCAGCUACCAAUGGACUACAGUAUGCUCGAGCAUUGAAGGAAAACGGCGUCGACUGUAAAAUCAUUGUGUUCCCUAAUGAUGUUCACAGCAUCAAGAAUCCUCACUCUGAUUUCGAGAGCUUCCUCAAUGUCGGUGUGUGGUUCAAGAAAUACUGCACCUGAUCAGGUAGCGGCGUAAACAUCCUUCUCUAUGGUGAAUCCUCCAGUGCCCGAGAUCCCCAUCAUUAGAAGAUCCAAGAAUGCUGGAAAUAAUUUCAUGUCGUCUGAAGAAUAAUCAUCGCGACUUAACGAAUUAAAGGAGCAGAAAGUUCCAUAAUUAACGUAAGUUAACUCGGUCUGUGGGUUUGACCUCUCAUGGAACUCUUGGUGAACAUGCGUGUUUGAAGCUAGCAAUCAGGGUCCGUAACUUGCUUGUGCAUCCUGAUGAUGUGAAUUCACCGAGAAUAUUGAAGGACCUGAUUGAACAUGUUGCGAGGAUGUGCAUUGAGAGAUAUACAAACUGUUAUUGAUUGAACUAA